AUGCCACUAUUUAAGAGGCACAACGAACAAUCAGGUAUUUCUUCAGCCAGCACAAUACCAUCCGUAGCAACACGCGACCAAUUAGAACUAGCCAGUUCAAUUCUUUCAAACGUUUCAACUCAGUCCUCUUUUAGUGAUAUCAUUAAGACUGUUUCCGCUGCUAAUGCCGCAACAAUUUCAGAACAACCUUGUCGUCCAAAUAAAUCAAACUUUUCUCCUAAAAUAAUCAGUUAUAAAUGUAUUUGCUGUGGUACUGAAUUACAGAUCCCUUUGGGCUUUCUUUAUUUUAAAUGCUCUAUAUGUGAAACUUUUCAUGAUAAGAGGGUUAAAAGCACAUUUACCAAGAGUGUGCAACAAUUGACGCUUAGAAUAGUUGAAAAGGCAAUUGAGAAAGAUAAACAACAGCAUGAAGGUAUAGUAGGUGAUAAUAAAGAGGUAAUUCAGAGUUACCCAAACUUGGAGGCUUUGCUUAUCAAUGCAUUUUCUUGUGUCGAUGUACUUAAUAAAUCAUUCCCUAUAGGGCUCGCCAAGCUUUCUUAUUCCCGUCCAAACAUUGACUUUGAAGACGUGUUGUCCUUUUCUGAAUCGAAUGAUGUUAUUUCUGCCUUAUCUUUAGAAAUUCUUGAACGUUCAGUAUCGAUACUUUCACAUGCACCCAAACGGGUGAGACAUUAUUUGUUAAACUGGAUUUCUCGAUACCCUACAACUCAAUUUCAAUCAAAAGUCGAGCUACUUAAUGCUUAUAUUACGCAUAAAUUAACUGAAGUAUCUAGCUCUAAAACUUCAACAAAAUCUAACAGAGCAUUCUCAUUACUGGAUAAUAUAUAUUCACCAAUAUUACCUAAAUUAGAUAUUGCCCCAGGAAGUCCUUCAAGCAUUAACGAAACUCACCAUAAUGCUGUUAUUUUAGAAUCAGAGGAAUCGAACCCAUUUUCUUCUCCAAGCUCUUUAUCUCAUGAAGCUGUUUUUGAGCCUGAAUUAUCAUCUUCAAAAAGAAAACGACUAUCAUCUACAGUAAAGGUAAAUUCCUAUGGCAAAAACUGGAAAAUUUCCUCCUUCGCCAUUCUUCAAGCUAUCUAUUUUAACGCCAAUAUCAUAACUCAUAAAAUUCCUAUUUCAAGUUUUUACAACACUAUGGUUGAUUACAUUGAUAUUAGGGCGGAUUUUGAUGCGUGGGAAAAACUAGGGGUUCCUAUGUCAAUGCCUAGUAUGCAAUCAUUAGUUCCUUCUUCUAUCAAAUCUAGUGCUAUUGAAUCUCAAAUUUCUUGGGAAAAGAUUUUAUUUGCUUUCUGCGAGUACCCGUUUUUUUUGUCAAUGGGAACAAAAAUCAAUAUAUUAGAGUAUGAUGCUCGAAGACAAAUGGCGCACAAAGCUCAUGAAGCAUUUUUCAAUUCAUUAGACACGCAUAUCCCUCAGCAGUUGUAUUUGCACAUUUGUGUGCGCCGCGAUCACCUUUUGCAGGAUUCUUUCCAAAUACUUGAAGCCCAAGAAAAUGAUUUGAAAAAAGGCAUCAGGGUUAAAUUUGUGGAUGAACCGGGCAUUGAUGUUGGGGGAUUAAAAAAAGAAUGGUUUUUGUUGUUAAUUAGAGAAUUAUUCAGUGAAGAACUUGGAUUGUUUAAAGUCGAAGAUUCCGGCUAUAGUUGGUUUAAACCAGGGUCAGAUAAACCUUUAAAAUAUUUUAAAUUAACGGGCGUUGUUUUGGGCUUAGCAUUGUAUAAUUCUACAAUUCUAGAGACAAAUUUUCCUCUUGUGGUUUUUAAAAAAUUGUUGGGUGCUUCAUUUACUUUGGAUGAUUUUAAAACCCUAAUACCAAGCUAUGGGAAAAGCCUACAAAUGCUCCUUGAUUAUACGGGUGAUGAUUUUGAAGAUGUAUUUUAUUUGUUUUUUGACAUCACUCGUGAAUCAAAUGAUACAAGUGUUGUUACAGAAGAACUAGUUCCCAAUGGAUCUAGCAUCCCUGUCACAAAGAAAAAUCGACAUGAUUAUGUGAAACGAGUCGUAACAUUUUACCUUGAAUCUUCUAUCAAACGACAAUUUGAACCACUAAAGCAAGGAUUUUACAAGGUUGCUGCAAGCAAUUCAUUGGCUCUUUUUCAACCUGAAGAAAUUCAACUUUUGAUAAACGGAAGCGAUGAACCAAUAGAUGUUGAUGCCUUGAGAGCUGUUACACAAUAUAAGCAUUGGCUACCUCGAUAUUCUAAUCCAGAUCAAGAUGUACAGGUCAUUAAAUGGUUUUGGAAAUAUUUUAAAUCAUUAGAACCAAGUAUGCAAAGAAAUUUGUUAAUGUUUGUAACAGGUUCAGAUAGAAUUCCAGCUACUGGAAUAGUCACCAUGUCUUUUACAAUAACGCGACAUGGUGGGGAUAGUAAUAGAUACCCAAUAUCACAUACUUGCUUUAACGAGCUGUGCUUGUACGAGUAUAGUUCAAAACAAAAACUGGUCAAUAUGCUCAGUCGAGCAAUUAACGAAAGCCAAGGAUUUGGCCUAAAAUAG